AUGGCGGCUCCGCAAGAAGGCUAUCCAGGCCAGGGCUAUCCCCCCGCGGAUCCAUAUGCCCAACAGGGUCCCGUCCAGCCAGGCUACGUAGCUGCUGCAUCUCCUCCGCCUCCCGCUACACACCACGAGACGGAGGGCGGGAAGAAGAAGAAGAGAGGGUAUGCCGCGCAGGCUUAUGAUUUCGGGGCCGGUGCCAACGCGGCUUUGGGGGGGCAGCCGCAGGGAGGAGUCUUCCAGCCUGUUCAAGCUCCUGCUUAUGGCGGAUACCCACCACAGCCAGAACUGCAGCCGGCAUACGGUGCACCUCAGUAUGGCGCUUCUGUUGGGGCGCCUGCUCCUGGUCAAACUGCCCAGAGCUUUGGAGUUGCCGCACCGUAUGGUAGCGGUGUAGGGGGAUAUCAACCUCCUGAUGCUGGAUACCCAGGUCCUGGAGCACCGGUAGCUGCUGGUGUUGCGGGAAUCACGCAGGGCAUGGGGCAGAUGGGAAUCGGUGGUGGAGCACAACCGGCACAACCACAAGCUGCUGUCCGGCCAGUUUUCAAUCAGCUUUAUCCGACAGAUCUCCUUAACCAGCCUUUCAACCCUGCCGAACUGGAAUUACCUCCUCCUCCUAUUCUUUUGCCUCCCAACUCCAGCGUUACCCCUUCGCCUGAUGCCAACUGUCCCCCAAAGUACGUCCGUUCGACUCUCAAUGCCGUUCCAACUACACAUUCGCUCCUCAAAAAAUCGAAGCUUCCUUUUGCGCUUGUUAUCCAGCCAUAUACCUCUCUUCACGAUGUGGACGACCCAGUACCCAUUGUCCAGGACCAAGUUAUUUCACGUUGCCGGAGAUGUCGGUCUUACAUAAAUCCCUACGUUACGUUCCUCGAUCAGGGGCACAGAUGGAGAUGCAACAUGUGCAACCUCACAAACGAUGUCCCACAAGCUUUCGACUGGGAUGCAGCUGCUCAGAAGAGCGUGGAUCGAUGGCAAAGACAUGAACUCAACCAUGCCGUGGUGGAAUUUGUUGCACCUCAAGAAUAUAUGGUCCGGCCCCCACAGCCUCUCGUGUAUCUUUUCCUGUUCGAUGUUAGCUAUGCUUCCGUUUCUUGUGGUCUGUUGGCUACAAGUGCGAGAACGAUCUUGGACAGCCUUAACCGAAUACCGAACGCAGACAGAAGGACCCGAGUUGGUUUCAUGGCCGUGGAUUCUAGCCUGCACUACUUUGCGGUCCCAAGGGAUAACGAGGAGAAUGGCGAGACCCAGAUGCUUGUUGUCAGCGACCUUGAUGAGCCCUUCUUGCCAAUUCCUCAAGAAUUGCUUGUUCCCUUAUCGGAAAGCAGAUUGAGCGUCGAGAAAUUCCUCAUGUCACUACCACAAAUGUUCCAGACCAACCAGAACAACGGGUCAUGUAUGGGAUCCGCCCUACGGGCAGGUCACAAACUGAUCGCCCCUCUUGGUGGCAAGAUCGUUGUGAUUUCGGCUUCUCUGCCAAACGUUGGGUACGGCAAGCUGGAUAUGCGCGAAGACAAGAAAUUGCUGGGUACCUCGAAAGAGAGCAGUCUUCUUCAGACGGCCAGCAGUUUCUACAAGAGCUUUGCAGUAGAGUGUUCAAAGAACCAGGUUUCGAUCGACAUGUUCUUGUUUUCUUCCCAAUAUCAAGAUGUUGCGUCUCUCAGCAACCUGCCCAGAUACACGGGUGGACAGACAUACUUCUAUCCUGGUUGGAAUGCUGGAAGGAGUGAGGAUGCGAUUAAGUUUGCUACAGAAUUCAGUGAUUACCUUUCUGCCGAGAUUGGGCUUGAAGCUGUUCUCCGCGUCCGUGCAACAACGGGCCUUCGCAUGAGCACAUUCUACGGUAACUUCUUUAACCGAAGUUCAGAUCUCUGUGCAUUCCCGGCUUUCCCACGCGACCAGAGUUACGUGGUCGAGGUUGCUAUUGAUGAGAGUCUGUCGAAGAACUUCGUCUGCAUGCAAACUGCCGUCUUGCAUACUACUAGCAACGGCGAACGGCGAAUUCGAGUCAUGACGCUAGCGCUGCCAACCACAACGAAUGUUGCGGAUGUCUACGCUUCCGCUGACCAGUGUGCGAUCACGGCCUACUUCAGCCACAAAGCUGUUGAGCGAGCACUCAGCAGUGGUCUGGAGCCAGCACGCGAAGCCCUACAAUCUAAGCUGAUUGAGCUGCUUCAAACAUUCAAGAAGGAGCUUGCUGGUGGCAACAUGGGAGGUGGUGGAUUGCAAUUCCCAGCAAAUCUUCGUGGGCUUCCUGCGUUGUUCCUUGGCCUCAUUAAAAAUGUUGGUUUGAGAAAAUCUGCACAGAUCCCAUCGGAUCUUCGAUCUGCAGCGCUCUGCCAACUAUCGACCCUACCUCUUCCUCUUCUUGUGCAAUACAUUUACCCGCGACUCUAUUCCUUACAUGAUAUGCCCGACAGCGCUGGCAUUCCCGACCCAGAGACAGGUGCUAUUGUUCUACCACCCGUGCUCAAUCUGUCCUCGGAGCGACUCGUACCUUAUGGCCUCUAUCUCAUAGAUGACGGUCAAACGCAAUUCCUCUGGGUCGGCAGGGAUGCGGUGCCUCAACUACUUGCCGAUGUCUUCGGCGUUAGUGAGAGGAGUAAAGUCAAGGUUGGCAAAAGCUCAUUGCCAGAAUUGGAUAACGACUUCAGCGAGCGAAUCCGAGCUGUACUCCAGAAGAGCCGCGACUACAAAUCUCGUGGCGUGGGCAGCAUCAUCGUACCGCACUUGUAUGUCGUUCGGGAAGAUGGCGACCCAAGCUUGAAGUUGUGGGCGCAGACCUUGUUGCUGGAGGAUCGGGCAGAUCAGGGAAUGAGUUUCAAACAGUGGAUGGGCGUGCUGAGGGAGAAGGUAAGCUGA